AUGGCUGACGUGAUCGAAGACAUCGAAGCCGCCCUGAACGCAGCUUCGUCCCUCUCGCCGCCCGACCUCCCCGACUCGUCCAAGAAAAACAAGCAGCCCAAGAACACAGACGAGAAGGAGAAGGAGAACAGCUCUGCCUGCUCUCCGCUCAACACUUGCCUGAUGCUCGUCUUUGCCGCCGGCGUGGUGGUGCUCAUCACCUUCAUGAUCAUCAGCAACGGCAACGGAGACUCGCCCGUCCGCCGUCCUCGUCUGCCCAUCCGCCACCACGGCUCGCUGGCCUCCGUCCACCUACCGCCCGAAGUCUCGUGCGGCCACUCGCACGCCGAUGCCGUGGCCCGCAACUGCGCCUUCGACGUGCUGGCCGCCGCCUGGAUCCCGCCGCGCUGCCACGACCGCGACCUGGCUCGCGAUGCGCAGGCUCCCGAUACCCCCCUCGCGCGCCUCGGCGGUGCCGGGCCCUUCCCGUGGUGGGCGGACGCCAACCACACGCUCCCCAUUGCGCCGCACCAGCUGGCCGUGCAGCCCGACAUGCGCGCCUUUACCUGGGAGACCUUUCACGUCGCACACUGUCUCUACAAGUGGCGUGCGCUGCGCAACGCUGCCGAGCGCGUUGCCCGUGGCGAGCGCGACGUCUGGGUGCACGACCAGCUGCUGGCUGCCGGCCAUAUCGACCAUUGCACCCAGGUCAUCGCCAGCCAGCCCCAGCGUGCCGGCGCCCGAGCCGAGGUGCGCUUCGCCUUUGGCCGCUGCGUUAGACUUGAUCCCGUUGCCUGA